CUGAACUGUUGGCUGGGUAUACCGAUCACUGGGCAAAUCAGUGACUAAAGGAUGCUCUGGUUCUGUGUCAAACUGCACCAAUGUUCAGAUGGAGUCUUCUGGCGGACAGUUCACCUUCAGAUGGACAUAUCCCAGUGACCACUCGACUGACGGAAGCAAAUACGCUGUGACAUACCAGCAUGUCCAAGUGACCCAACUUCUGCCAAACGGAAGUGACAAAAACUAUGCUAUCGUGUGGAAUGAUCGAAAAAUGGGACCAGAAGUCAGAGAAGUGACUUUCGAUGGGACCAUCAUGAACAGCUGGAAUAACUACAAAAUACGCAUUACACCGUUGUUCAAUCAAGAGACCUUGAAACUUCAAACGACGUUGGUAGGAUUUAUGCGAGCAACUUCGACGCAGCCCAUGAAUCCGAUGACUACCGCAGAACCGACUACACGCACAGUUCCGAUAACUACCGCCGAAACUACUACGACCGCGGCUGCGAUUAUUACCGCAGAGCUGACAACAACUGUAGAACCGACGACGAAGACGACGACUGCAGCAGCUCCGGCGACGACUGCGGCCAAGACUACUACUGUAGAACCGACGACAACUACUGCUCCAACGACUACUGUAGAACCGACGACAACUACUGCUCCAACGACUACUGUAGAACCGACGACAACUACUGCUCCAACGACUACUGUAGAACCGACGACAACUACUGCUCAAACGACUACUGUAGAACCGACGACAACUACUGCUCAAACGACUACUUUAGAACCGACGACAACUACUGCUCAAACGACUACUGUAGAACCGACGACAACUACUGCGCCAACGACUACAGCAGAAUCGACGACAACUACUGGAAUCGACGACAGCUGUAACCCCGACAACUACGACAACACCAUCUCCUUUGGUUGA